UAAAACGCAAUACAACAGGAGCAAACAGAGGAAUUAUUCAGCAUAAGCUUCCAUUGCCAAGAUGAAGCUCUUUCUUUUUCACUUCUUGGAAAUAGUAGCAGUAACAGUCUUCUUUCUUGCCCAGUCCUCAGCAUCUUCUGAUACAGGAGAUACAAUGAUCCAGAACCUCUCACUUGUCAAUGGACAGACCUUGACAUCGACAGGAGAAUUGUUCCAACUGGGCUUCUUCAGUCUAGAUAAUAGUUUAGCGAUGGGAUACUUGGGAAUCUGGUACUGCGAUCUCACACCACAAGAAGGCACUGUAGUAUGGAUCGCCAAUCGGAACAAUUCUGUCAACACAUCCAUGGCAUCCUUCAACCUCACUUCCGAUGGAAAUCUAAUCUUAUUUGAGGAAGACAGAAUAGUUUGGUCGACGGGAACGAGAUCCACAGGACUCAAUUCUACACACUUGCAGCUUUUAGAAUCUGGAAACCUCGUGCUGAACGACAGCAACUCGAUUCUAUGGCAGAGCUUUGAGGACUCGAACGACAUUGGCACGUAUCUCCCUGGCAUGAAGCUCGGAUUUGACAACCGGACCAACACUUCAUGGCAGCAAGUGUCAUGGAAGAACCUAACGGAUCCUUCUCCGGGAGACUACAUUCAUGUGAUUCUUGCUCAACCUAUUCCGGAUUUGUUCACGUUGCACAGAUCCGCUAAAUACUAUCGAAGCGGCCUAUGGAACGGAAAUGGUUUAAUCGGCCAUCCAUCAAUGGUGAGAAGACAGGUAGCAAGCUCAGUGAGUUUCACGUUUGUGCUCAACCAGAAUGAGACCUACUAUAUGGCUAAUUACACGACCUCGCCGACGCCGGUGCUGUCGCGGUCAGUGUUGUGCGUCAAUGGAACCUUCCAGCGUUGGUUUCUUGAAACGGGUGGCAAGGGAGAGUGGCAACUCCUGUGGUCGUUUCCGGAGGACGACUGCGAUAUUUACAAUCACUGCGGUCGCAACAGCGUGUGCACCAAGUCAUAUGAUGGUGUCUACUGCCAGUGCUUGGACGGGUUCGUAAAGAUCGCAGAGAACGGAUGCCAGAGGGAGAAGCCUUUGAAUUACUCGUCGAACAACCAGUUUUCUAAGGCGCAGAACAUGAAGGUCCCCGACACUGAGAACGCUACGCCAAGAGGAAAAAUGAGUCUCGAUGACUGCAAGAAUUUGUGCUUGAGUGAUUCCUCCCGCGUGGCGUAUGCGGUGAUCAGUGGGUCUUAUGGAUGCAUAACUUGGCCUGGUGAUCUGUUGGAUCUCAGGACUUUAGAUGAUGGAGGAGGAGAAGAUUUAUACAUUCGACUAGCAGAAUCAUCCACAAAGAAGCAGGCGUGGGUGGCGAUAGUCAUUCCGCUGUUACUCGGAUUUUUUCUUCUAUGUUGUGUUGGCGGCGUACUCGUUUGGAGGAAGAGAAACAGAGCGUCAACCAGAUUGCUAUUGCAAUUGCCAAAUAUAAAGGAAGGUGACUCGAUGAGUACUCGUGAUGAUGUAUCAGAGUCGAGGUCGAUCGCGAUCGACUCUGAGGAUUCUCGCCUGCAUAAUACUGAUAAAGGAGUAGGCAUGAUCAACACAUUGGGGUUACUACCUUCAUACGAUUUGGGGACAAUAAAAACUGCAACAAAUAAUUUCUCUGAUAGAAACAAACUGGGAGAAGGUGGAUUUGGUGUUGUUUACAUGGGUCAAUUGGAAGAUGGACAAAAGAUUGCUGUCAAGAAAUUGUCAAGAAACUCCUCACAAGGCCCAAAUGAGUUCCAAAAUGAACUUUCACUGAUAGCCAAGUUACAACAUAGAAACCUUGUUCGUCUUUUGGGUUGUUGCAUCGAAGACAUGGAGAGAAUUAUCAUUCUUGAAUACAUGGAAAACAAGAGUUUAGACGCCUUCAUCUAUGCUAAUCAUAUGAAAAUGACUCAAGAUAAAACAAAAAGUUCCUUGCUAAAUUGGCAAAAACGUCUCGAGGUUAUAAUUGGGAUUGCUCGAGGACUUUUGUACCUGCAUCAAGACUCUAUCUUGAGAGUCAUUCAUCGUGAUCUUAAGCCAAGUAAUAUCCUUCUUGAUAAGGACAUGAUUCCAAAGAUUUCAGAUUUUGGCAUUGCAAGGAUAUUUGAAGGUGAUAGAGCUCUUGAGGAUGAAACCAAUAGACCUAUUGGAACAUUUGGAUAUAUGGCCCCUGAGUACUUGUUAUAUGGACAAUUCUCAUUUAAAUCCGACGUAUUUAGUUUUGGUGUUAUAGUACUAGAAAUCUUGAGCGGCAAGAGGAAUCGAACAUUCGGUCAAACAAAUUCCAAUUUGAACCUUUUACAACAUGCUUAUAAGCUUUGGAAGGAAGGUAGAUCCUUGGAGAUUCUCGAUGAUGUAGUAAAUUGCCCAUAUCCAACAAUCGAAAUUUUACGUUGCAUUCGAAUGGCUCUUUUGUGCGUACAAGAUAAUUAUGAAGAUAGACCAACAAUGACAGAGGUAGUGAUGAUGUUAGCAAGCGAUGAGCAACUUCUAACUCCACUCAAGCAACCUACAAUAACAUCAACUUAUAGUGAAGGAGAUUGCUCUACUAAAGAAAUGAGCAUCACCAUCACAGGUCGAUGAAUUGAUGAAAUGUGUGUCCUUCACUUAUUUGAAUCACGUUGAACAUAUAUCGAAGUAUGUACAAGUUUUGGACGUCUACAAAACGGUAAACAUGAAUCUGGAUUUUAACAAACAUUUGGUAUACUCGAGCACAAUGCCCUCAAAACAACGUCUAUUUCGAGCUUGCCAUAGGAGGUAUACCAUGCAAGUGAUUGCAAAGAAUCUCGCCUUUGUGAGCUGGCUCAUGCCUCUAUACUGCUUAUUCAUGGCAAGCAGCAGCCUAGGCGUCGCUGUGGUGAUGUCUGGACGGAUGCUGAGCCACCGUCCAACUCUGGUUCAUCGCUGUUCGCUGACGGGGCGUCGGAAAAAACACGUGAGCAAGCGAUUCAUCGGCCUGCUGACAGAGCGGGCAGUUUUUGCUUGGCUCAUAUGGAAUCUGGUCCUUUGUCCUCAACUGCCAGUGUACUAAAAGCCAAAAACAGAAUCCGUACUUGGGCAGAAUAUGCAGGUCUUCUAAAUUAUUUUCGCCCAAAGCUGAAGCCAACCUCUCGGCCUGUACAAGUCG